AUGGCUCCCACAGACAAGACACCUCCAUCAAAUUUCACUGGCAUGAAGUCUAACAGCAAUGUAAACCCUACCUCAGUGUCUAAAACUACCAUCCCUGCCAGCACCACCACUGCUGACCCUGGGUUUCUAUCUCAUCUCCUGGACAAGAUCCCCUUGCCAAGAUGGGCCAUUUACACCAUUUUUGCAGUUAUCAUUCUGGUGGUAUUACUGUGUUUUCUGUGCAUCUGUAUAAAAUGUUGCUGCAAAGGGAAAAAGAGGAAAAAGAAGAAGGUGGACCAGCAAAUCAAUAUGAAAGGACUGACUGGAUCCACCACCACAGCUUUGGUCCAGCCUGAGGCAGAUGAUGUGGAGUAUGGUUCAUCUGAUAACUCAAGAGGGAAACUUCUCUACUCACUGGAGUAUAAUGCACCAAGUUCAGAGCUAACUGUUGGCGUUAAAGAAGCUGCUGAUUUAAAAGCUAUGGAUGCAGGAGGAACUUCAGACCCAUAUGUUAAAGUUUACAUCCUUCCAAGCAAAUCCAAAACAUGCGAAACCAAAGUAUUCAGGAAAACUCUCCACCCAGUGUUCAAUGAACGAUUUAAAUACAAGAUUUCCCAGGCUGAGCUCAGUGAGUCCACGCUCGUGAUGCAGGUGUAUGACUUCAACAGAUUCUCCAAGCAUGAUGUCAUCGGCGAACUCCGGUUACAGCUUUCCACUGUGGACUGGAAUCAUGUAAUUGAGGAAUGGAGAGACUUGAGUGAAGCCUCCAAGUAUGAGCAAGGUCAUCUCGGGGAGAUCUGCUUCUCCUUGCGCUAUGUGCCCACAGCGAGCAAGCUCACUGUUGUGAUCCUGGAAGCAAAGAACCUGAGGAGCAUGGAUCAAGGAGGCUCAUCAGAUCCUUAUGUGAAAGUCCAAUUGAUUCUGGACAAAAGGAAAUGGAAAAAAAGGAAGACAUCUGUGAAGAAGAAAACUCUGAAUCCCUAUUUCAAUGAAUCAUUCACCUUUGAAGUGUCUUUUGAACAGAUUCAAAGAGUGCAGCUGGUGAUCUCAGUGUGGGACCAUGAUAAGGUUACCAGGAAUGAUGCCAUUGGGAAGAUUUUCCUGGGCUGCGAUGCAACAGGGAACCAGCUGCGUCAUUGGGCGGACAUGUUAUCAAACCCUCGAAGGCCAAUUGCACAGUGGCACACCCUGCUCUCAGCUGAGCAGGUAGACUCCACCCUGGCACUGAAGCACACUCUAAAGAUACCAUUUACCAAUAAGACCUUCUGA